GCGUGCGCUCAGAAAUUUAGUAUUGGACUAUCGUUCGUGCGAGUCGCCACAGUGUGUUUCUAUCUUUCAUUUUCUAGAGUAUUAUAUCUUACUUUCUUGUCUAUCUUACUUUCACUAAUUUUCUGAGCAAAGCUGACAUAUCAAUGCACGUUUCUCAUAAUAAACAGAAUACGUUCGAAUGCAUACAAAGUUACUGAAGUGAUACAAUAAUUAUGCGUAACUAAAGAUAUAUUUCUAUUUCGUAAUUCCGUCGUAUAGAUACAUUCUUUUUCGCGGGAUAUUUAUUGACAGGAUUUCGACAUUGAUAAACAUUGUUACAAUCCCUGGUUGAAUAUUUUUUAUCAAGAAACAGAAGAUGUUCAAAUAUUCGACCAUAUUCACUGCCAUAAUAUUCUUAUGUGCAUUUCUUGGAUGCACCAUUUCUGAAGAUAACUUGCCUAAUGCAGAAGAAGCAUUACAAAAAGUUUCUGAUAUUAUUGAUUUGAACAAUUUAAAUGUAUCUGGAAACUCUGCUUUGGAUAAUGUUAAUGCAUCUGUGAUAAAACAUGCUCUAGAAGAAAGUCAAAGUGUUUUCAAACAAAAAUGUGAGAAAAAUGGUGGAGAGGGUACAUUUGAAAAUGCUAUAAAUGCAAUGAAUGACUUAGAACAGUGCCUUAAAUCAUUUGUUAAUUUCACAAAGUUGGAAAAAGAAAUGGAAAGACAUAAACCCACUGGAGAUUUGGAUACAGUGUUUAAAACUUACUGUCGUAAAACUCCCACUCUUAAGAAAUGUGUUAGCAAUUUUACUACAGCAAUAGAGCCAUGUUUGGAACCACAAGAACGAGAAAAUAAGAAAAUCAUUCAAAAUAUUACAGAUUCUCUUUUAACUUUUGUCUGUUAUAAAGAGGGAGACCGUAUUGCUCUUUUCAUUUCUGCUAAUGGACCAGAAUGUUUGCAAUCAAAACAACAGGAAAUUCAACAAUGUGUCAACAUUACUUUGGGAAGUUAUAUCCCUCAAACAGAUCUCAACAAUGGACCAGGAUUAAAUUCUCUUCCACUUCUUGUUUUUGGAACUAAAGAAUGCACAGAUAUUUCUAAAGUUCAGAGCUGUAUUGUAAGAGAAUUGGAAAAAUGUAAGGAUCCAGUACCAGCAAAUAUUGUGGAUUCUAUAUUCAAUUACAUUAUAAAAGUGACACCAUGCCAAAAAGUAAUAAAUCUUCAAAAUACUGCUUCUAGCUCAACAAUUAACUUAUUAUGCAUGAGCCUAAUAAUCAAAAAAAUUAUCUUUUUUAUAGGACAUGGUGGAAAAAGAGCUGAAUUAACAUCUGAUGAAGAUUCUAUCAAUAAUGAUGCAUGCAGCGUAUCUAGUAGUCAAUCUGAUAAUCGCAGCAUGUUAGAUGAUGUGAAUGAUAAUGAGGUAGAUGAAUUCGCGCAGCAAGAAGCAUUUGAAGAAAAGCUAAAGGAAGCAAUUGAUGGUUUAUCACAAAAGAGUGCAAAAGGCAGAACAAUUUGUUUUAAUGGAAUAGAAAAAAUAUUUGCCAUCAAAUAUAUUCCAGAUUUUGUAGAAGAUAGAAAAAUGACUAUCACAGAUUCAGUGGAACGAGGCUUAAGAAAAGGACGUAGUGAAGAACAAUCUACAGCAGCCAGAUUAAGUAGUUUGCUUUGUGUUCAAUUGGGAGCUUUUGAAAGUGCAGAAAUAGUUUGUCGAGAUUUGAAAAGUACUUUAACUUUUAUUGCCAGCGAUACUACAGCUUCUACUCAAGCACGUUCAGAGUGCUGUUGGGCUCUAAGCAUGAAUCAAUUCUUAUCAGGCAAUGAUGCAACUGCUACCAUUGAAAUUGUGCAAUUAUUGUCUGGUAUUUUCUCUGGUUCCUAUUUAAAAGGAAAUGGUGCUAUAGCAAAUAUUUCUACAGAAAUUGCUGCGUUGCAUGCUACAGCUAUUUCAUCUUGGACACUUCUUUUAACAGUAAUGGCUCCAGCAGAUAUUUACAGCUUGCUUGCGAGUGAUAGAACUAGUAGUUAUAUGCCGUCCUUGAAUAGAUUGCGCGAGUUAUUAGAAUCACCACAUUUGGAUAUAAGAUUAUCAGCUGGUGAAGCUCUAGCUGUAAUAUUCGAAUUGGGUCGCGAUUUUUCAUGCGAUUAUGAGCAGGAUUGGUCUUUGGAUCUAAUCGAAGUAUUAAAAGAGUUAGCUACAGAUUCAAAUAAGUACAGAGCAAAAAAAGACCGUAAACAACAAAGAGCUAAUUUCAGAGAUAUACUUCGCUAUAUAGAGGAGGAUAUUUUACCAGAAAUGCAUGUAAAAUUUGGCCAAGAAAUUCUAUAUUUAGAAGGAUGGUGCGCACGAACUCAGUAUAAUGCGUGCUGUAGAUUACUUGGUCCGGGAAUAAAUAUUCAUCUUGCGGAAAAUCAACUUCUGCGCGAAAUUUUUCACCUUGGUAAUAAAGUUGUGCCGAUACAAUUGAAUCAGAAGACAAGUAAAUUAGAAAGGACAUUAAUGAAUGCAGCUGCAUUCAAAGCGCGCACUAUUCAGCGUAAUAAAAACCGAGACAAACGAUCAGCUGCCUUGGCACCGUGAUUCUUCAACUUUCUUUUUUUAUAUAUAUUAGAUAAUUUCUUUUAAAAUAAGAAAAAUAUGAUUAAAUUUUUUAUUUGUUAUAACCGUUCUUAUAACAACAAAAAAAUAUAUUGCAUAUUGUUCACAAUGGUCUAUUUUAAAUUGUAAAUAGAGAUGAACAAAAAAAAAAUAUUAUAAUUUGCAUUCUAUUUAAUUGGUUAAAUUAAAAAAUUCGUUUUAACUUGUAUUUAAUAAUAGCAGAAAACAAAUUAUUUGCAUGAUGUUGUUUCAUGUUAUUUAUAUUUUGUAUAUAUGAAAUUAAAAUAUGUAUAUACGAUAAAUGAUUAAUAUCUAUUGUACUUGUUAUUUGUCAAAUUUAAUUACUAUUGAUAUGUUGAUGAAUUUUAUUUGAUGAAUUUUAUAAAUUUUACUAUUAUAUUAUAAAUUUAUGCGUUUCACAAUAUAAAGAAAAUUUAAAUUUAAUAUUCGAGUUAUUAUUAUUAUUUUUUGUAACUAAUAUUUAUUUUAGCAUAUACGUAAAAUUAUGUUCUGCAUAUGAUCAUUCUUAUAUUAGAUGUAACUGCUAAAGUAAGGUAAUUGUUAAAUAUCUAUAUAUAUAAAUAUGUAAACCGGCAUUGUACAUAAUAACAUAAUUUAUGAUAUAGUAUAGAAAUUCUUCAUUAUAUAUUAUAUGAUAAAAUAAAAUGGAAAUACUUACAAUUUCAGUCAUUUUAUUAUGUUAUUAUUUUUCGUACAAUUCUGUAUUUAACAAUCCACUUUAAUCAACUUCAAGUAAGCAAUAAUUUCUUAUGUAUUUACAUCAUCAUAGUUAUAUCAAAAAG